AUGAAUACAUUAAGUUCUAAUCCUAGAAAAACAAUGUUUUACGCAGCUGCUUAAAGUUUAUUAUUAUAAUAUCUUAGAUAUGUUAAAUUCUCAUCAAUCUUCAAUGGAGAACUUAAAAAGCAGCUUAUUUUAAUUAGCCAUAUAUCCAUCAAGCCAUCAAAAGGAUUAAUUAAAUUUAUCGUUAAAUAAUAAUUCUGAUAGAGCAUAAGCAAACUAUUCCCUUCCAAGAAGAAGCAAUUUAUUUUAAAAUGAUAGAGAUCGAUCUUUAUCAUACAAAUAAAAUAUUUCAAUGGAAUAAAAUGGAUCAGUCGAAAAAUUAUAAAAUGCUUAUAAUAUUAAAGGACAUUUUUAAUUGAUGAAUGAAGAUCCCAAUUAAUUAAUACAAAAAGAAUAAAGAAAAUAAGAGUAUAUGAUUCUAUUAUGUGUAAAUAGAUUAAAAGAAUAUUUAUUAAAAUAAAUUGAAGAAAAGAAGAAGUUGCAGAAAUUAGAAUAGGAUAGAAAAAGAAUAGAAGAUGCUAAAGCUGAAUAGCUUGUAUAAAAACAAUUAGAAGAAAUUAGAGCCAGACAAUAUUCUAAAUUCGAAAAUUCAAAUAUUUAAUAACAAUAAGGUAGUAUUUGGUUGAUAUAUUAUUAUAUAAGAAAUAUCCAGUAUAAUCAUCAUAAACAAAGGCAAUUUAAUAAUAAUCGGUUUCUCCUCAAAGAGAAGGCAUUUUUAUGCAAAUUUACAAAUAAUAACAAUAAAAUUUAGUCUCAUAACAAACAGAUAUUCUUGAAAAAAUUAAUCAUCUCCAAGUAAAUAUAUAUUAAUUAAAUUUAGAAUGAUAUAAAGUCUUUACAAUAUACAUAAUAAUAAUAAAAUGAUGUUAAUUAUGUAAGAAAUAAUAUUAAAUCAAUGAUGAAGAAAUAAAAUAAAAUUAAUCCACAGCAAAUUAAUAAAAUUAAAAAAAAAGAUUUUACAUAACUGAAUGAAAGAUAAUUAGAUUGUGAAACAAUCUUUAUUCCAGCAAAUUAAAAGUUAAACACAGAUAUUGAUACUUAUUAAUAUAAUGGAAAUGCUAUUUAAGAUGUAGAUAAAUCAAUAAAUAGUUUGAAUUAAAACAGCAUCUUAUAAAAUUAACUACAUUUAAAUAAUAUGUCUACAAUUAGUAAUUAAGACAAUAGCAAUUCUUAAUAGUAAACCAUCAAUGUUUAAAGUAAUCAAAUAGUAAACCAUUCAAGGUUAACUAUAAGUUAAUUAUCUUCAAGAAAUAGAUCAUUUUCAAAUGAAAAAUAAAAUUAAAAUGAUAUAAUAAAAAAUGAUAAUAAUAUUAUUGAAGAUACAAAGAUUGUACAAAAACAAUAAAAAGUAAGAUUUAUUUUAACAUAAGCCAAAAUAAAAUAAUGUUUAAUUAAAACUACCUCAUAGAACAACAAUGUUGAUGUAAAUACCUUCAAAAAAGUAAAUUUAUUUAAAAUAUUUAAUUAGUUAAAUUUAGACUUAAAAAUAGGAAGAGCCAAAGUCAUCCUAAAGAAAUUGA